GGUCCUAGGAGCAAGUAUACUAUGACUAUGUAGACCGGGUCCUAUGACUAUUGUGACUAGUAAGGCCACGAAGUAUACUGUGCCUGUGUAGACCGAGUCCUGUGACUAUCGUGACUGAUGGGGCCACGUCAACGGGGUAUGGCAAUACCAUAUAUUUUUGAACCUAUUGAUUCUUACUCUGUGAAUCACUACAACACUCUACCGUCUGCCGUACCUACCGAUUGCGAACAGAAAAUUUCUUUGGCAUUAAAGACGAACCUUAUCACCAUGACAGAUGUUUGGAGUGACGACCAAUCAACAUCUCAUCGAUCGUCAAUCUUCCAGGUAUUGCAUGGAAUCUCUUCCGGAGAUUCAGUGAUCGCUUCGGGCAUCAAUUCUGCUUCGGUUGCUCACUCAGACGCUCCCAACCUAAUGGGACUGAGUACCGCGUUCACCAAUCUUUGUGCCCACCUUCCUCAAAGCAACAAACUUAAGUUUACAUCGCCCUCCACUCUCGCCCGCCAAAUGGCUACCAGGAUUCGCCGUUGUCUAAGGUUUGAGAGAGGAUGUUACGUACAUGUUAGUGGAGUUGCAAAAGUAAAGAUAGACGAGAUUGAUGAUGCUUUCCAGGAUCUUGGAAUUCGCGGCUGUGUCCGAUUCACAUAUGAACACGAUCUGGAGGCGAUGAUUAUCAGGUGUAUGCCCAGCGAAGUACACGAGAGGGCAAGCUGGAGUUUUAUGACCAAAUUGGCGUUCAAGAUAGCUGCUAUUCCGGGCCAUUCUGAGGAUUCCAUUCUGCCGGUUGGGAGUACAAGGUUCCCAGUUCCUGGGAAGCGGAGUAAGGAGGCUGAUGGGGGGAUCAAACCAGCGGAUACCCGAGCAGAUGGAGACGAAUGGCCAUCUCUUGUCAUCGAAGUUGGUGUGUCGCAAACCCUGCUAUCCCUCCGUCAGGACGCUUGUUGGUGGCUAGAGCAUUCCAAGGAACGGACCCGAAUCGUUAUUUUAAUCCAAAUCAAAAAGAAUCCAAAGUCAUUGCGAUUAGAAAGGUGGGAAAGGGUUGUCGAUAAAGGCCGGCCAUCAACCCGAUCCAGGCAGAAGACCAU